AUGAGGCUAAUCAACACGCGGACCCUAAAGCUUCACCAGUUCCACGGCAAGCCACCGCCUUACGCCAUUUUGUCCCAUACUUGGGGCCAAGAGGAGGUGUCUUUUCAAGAUUUCCACUCACCAGAUCUGCGAGAAAAGCUAGCAGGGUUCUCUAAAAUUAGAGAUACUUGCAAGAAAGCAUAUAGUCACGGCUUGGAUUACGCUUGGGUUGAUACGUGCUGCAUCGAUAAAUCCAACAGCACAGAACUUAGCGAAGCAAUCAAUUCCAUGUUCAAGUGGUACAAGAAUUCAGCAAUCGCCUAUGCGUUCCUGGAGGAUUACCCAUCCCCAAAAAUCGAGAAACCUGCCCUAACUACAGCGGCUGUUGGCUUUGGCCAUAGCCGAUGGUUUACUCGAGGCUGGACUUUGCAAGAGCUUAUUGCACCCCCGCGACUCGAAUUCUAUAAUAAGUCAUGGGAGAAGAUUGCAGAAAAGACGGCUGUUGCAAAGCAACUUGCGGUGGUCACGGGGGUUGAUGCUUUUGUUCUCGACGGCUCGGGCCCCCUUCAGCAGGUUAGUGUGGGAAGGCGCCUGAGUUGGGCUGCUAAUAGAGAAACAACUCGCGCGGAAGACCUUGCAUAUUCUCUAUUCGGACUUUUUGAUGUCUAUAUGCCUCUGAUCUACGGGGAAGGGGGGAGAGCUUUUCUUCGGCUACAGGAGCAUAUUCUUCAACAAUCUGAUGAUCAUACUAUCUUCGCCUGGCGAGCCGCAACCCCUUCGAAGGAUCCAGAUAUGGCAUAUGGGCUGUUUGCAAAAUCUCCAAGAGAUUUUCACAAUUUCGUGGACAAGUCAUAUCGCAGGGGACUGCCGGAAUACAAAAUCCAGUCUGGAGUAGAUAGGUUAGUGUGUGUUUGGGGAUCCAAAGUACCGCAAGAUCCGAUCACCAUGUCCAACAAAGGCAUUCAUAUCACUUCCCUUAUCAAAAGCCUUCGCCAACCUUGGGCUUCAGGAGACCUUGUGAUACUACUACUCAACUGCUGUUUUGACGCAAAUCCCUCGGCUACUGCAGGUAUAUAUCUCAAGCGCCUCGGCGCAGACCGAUAUGCUCGAGUCCGAGGAAAUGAGUUAGCUAGGGUCCAUUCCGAUAAUAAUACUUCGUUAGCUUCUAUAUGUGGAAUCAAGAGUACCUCGGACAUUAUUGGGCAAUAUUUUGAGGAGCCUUGGACUACAAUGGCAAGAGUGCGCGAGGAGUACCUCGAGGAAGAGAUAUCUCAAAUGGGGUCUGGAUCAGUCGGAAAACGCUAUAAAAAUGCCUUGUAUUUGAAGCCAAAUCUCCUCCGAGGCAAUAAACUGUUCCACGAGUCCCAGCUUCGUCAGAUGAUGAUUAUGGAUUCACACCAAAUCUGGCGCUCUUUUCGAUUCGACGUCAAAAGCAACGACGAUGAUCUUGUCAUAAAAACGUAUCCAAACUUCAAAGCGGUGUUGGUAUUUGAGUCCCCCAGACACGAGAAAUCACUUCUUCUCUUCUUAGCGUCCAGAAUUAAUAACCGGAAUCACGAAUGUGACGUUGAUGCUGUUUCCCUAGCUGUCGAUGACGUGAGAGAGUGGCAUCAAAAUCUCUCCACAGUAGAAGAGUUUAUACAGACAAAGAUAAGGUUGCAAACUCGUCAGACGACCCCAAGCAUCAAGGUAACGCUGUCUCCAUUCAGUGUACAUGGAAUCAACAUGCAAAGUAUCGGAAUACUACAGCCGUCAUUCACUACAUCUCGUGGUCGAGCAUCUAAAAACAUCUCCAAGGCCUUUUAUUUGGUUCUACUAACUAUCUUCUCACUCGAAAUGCUGAGUAUGGCUAUUGAAAAUGACAAGUCACUGAGUUGA